AUGCCGUGGGACGACUGGCGCAAGGACUUUAACAAGAAGCUCGACGAUUUCGGCGAGGAUGCGAAGCACAAGUUUCGUCAACAGCGCGAAGCCAAUGCCGGCGGUGGCGGGUCCGCUGGCAGCCGCAUUGGGCUGCAGGAUCGGAUGAACAUGCUAAAGGGCGAGAACCCGCGGUGGAAUCGAGACGUUGAAUCGAGGGCGUCAGCGGCUGGAGGCGAGGGGGCAGAGCACGCUUCGACCGUGGUGCCUGAGCGAAGCCGGGUGCCUCCUGCCCCGCCGUCGGCGCUGAACAAAGGUCGACCCCCGCCGCCUCCCUCUCGUCAUUCUGGCACAGCAGCUGUGGCACCCCCACCCGCGUUACCGGCACGAAUGCAGAAUGAGAAUGGCACGAGCAAUCCACCCCCGCCGUACCCCCCAGCGCAAACGCAGCAUGCAUACCCAACCAGCCAAGCUACAGGUCACAUCGAAUUCUCUCGCUUCACACAACAGGACAAGGAGGCGUUCUUCGAUCUUCUAGAUGAAUACUUUGACCAACGAGAGCGUGGCCUGCGUUGA